AUGCGAGAGGUCGCCCAGGAAUCGGAAGAUGUUCAUUUUGGCGGGUCUUCCCGACCGGCCAUAGCAUCGGCCGAUAUCGAGAACAUCUCGCUGCAUAACCCUAUCCCGAUUCAGGCCCGGCUGUACGGUCUUCCCUUCCUCACCCUUUACCCUGUCCUCUACUAUGCCUACUAUCACAAAUACGAAACCUGGAUCAAGUCGGAGGAAUGGACCUUCAUUUACUGUGUCCUCCUCUUCGGUGGUCAUGCGCUCAGCUUCUUGAUCACCGCUUGGAGCACGCGGGUCAACUCGAGAAUCGCAUACAAGACUGCUACUUCGUUGAAGAAUGCUUCCAAGGUCCGGGUCAUGCCCAAGAAGGGCAAGGGGAAGGGCGAAAUGGUACCUCUGGACUCGAAAUGGGCACCUGGCGCGGACAAGCCGACCUACUCUUUCAUUUACCAAAGAGAUACCUAUGUCCUUGACCCCGAUACCAACCUCUUCACCCUCAUUCCAUACCCAUGCGACGCCUCUCCCUCCCUGGAGACCUUCCAAAAGUCCCGCGGGAUCGUCACCUACCCCUCGUCCGCCGCCAAGGCGGCCGCAGCGGCUGGAGGUCCGUCCGCGCCCGACCUUCAAUCCCUCAAGGCGACGUACGGACCGAACGAAUGCCACAUCCCCAUUCCAAAGUUCACCGAGCUGUUCGCUGAGCACGCUGUGGCGCCAUUCUUCGUUUUCCAGAUGUUCUGCGUGGCGCUCUGGUGCUUGGACGAGUACUGGUACUACUCGCUGUUCACGGCGUUUAUGCUGGUUGUCUUCGAGUGCACUGUCGUCUUCCAGCGAGUCAAGACCCUUACCGAGUUCCGGACGAUGAGCAUCACGCCGUACCCCGUACAGGUCUACCGAGACGGCAGGUGGUCCGAGGUCGUCUCGUCCGAGCUUGUCCCCGGUGAUCUUGUCUCCGUCCUCCGCACCAAGCCCGAAUCCGGCAUUCCCUGCGAUCUCCUCCUUCUCAGCGGUACCGCCAUCGUCAAUGAAGCCAUGCUUUCCGGCGAAUCGACUCCGCUCUUGAAGGAAAGCGUGGAGCUAAGGGACGGGACGGACAACCUGGACAUGAAUGGGAGCGACAGGAAUUCGGUCUUGUUCAGCGGAACCAAGGCGUUGCAGGUGGAGAAGUCUAGCGAGGGAAGCCUGAAGACCCCUGAUGACGGAUGCCUGGCUAUCGUUCUUCGUACCGGCUUCGGCACAACCCAAGGUCAACUCGUCCGCACCAUGAUCUUCUCAACCGAACGGAUGUCGGCCAACAACUUUGAGAGUUUCCUCUUUAUCGGUUUCUUGCUCAUCUUCGCUAUUGCCGCUUCGGCUUACGUCUGGGUCAAGGGACUCGAGCGAGGUAUGAAGAAGGGCAAACUCCUCCUCGACUGUAUCCUCAUCAUCACCUCGGUCGUCCCUCCAGAACUUCCCAUGGAGCUCUCGCUUGCCGUCAAUGCCUCGCUCGUCGCCCUCCAGAAAUACGCCAUCUUCUGCACAGAGCCAUUCCGGAUUCCGUUUGCGGGUCGGGUGGACGUGUGUUGCUUCGACAAGACCGGGACGAUCACGGGAACGGAUCUGGUUGUGGAGGGUGUGGCUGGUGUAGACCCGAGCGACCCGAAGAAGCUCACUCCGGUCGUCAAGACUGGUCGCGAGACUACCUUGACCCUCGCUGCUGCCCAUGCGCUUGUCCUGCUGGAGGAUGGUACGGUCGUUGGUGAUCCGAUGGAGAAGACCACUCUCAGCGCUCUCGACUGGAAGUUGUCCAAAGGCGACCAGAUCUCCCCCAACGCAAAAGACGCACCCCACCGGUCCCAGGUCCACGUUCGCAGACGGUACCAAUUCUCUUCCGCUCUUAAGCGCAUGUCUACCAUUUCGGCCGUCACCGACACCCAAGGCCGCAAGUGGAUCGCCGCGGUGAAGGGCGCGCCAGAGACGCUCAAGGGCAUGUACGUGGAUGUGCCGGAAUGGUAUGACGAGACGUACCGGUGGUAUACCCGUAGAGGAAGUCGGGUGUUGGCGCUCGGUACCAAGGUCAUGAACAUCCAGCAGGAGAAGAUCAACACUACACCCCGAGGCGAUGUCGAGUGUAAUCUGACUUUUGCGGGUUUCUUGGUGUUCCACUGUCCGCUCAAGGAGGACGCUGUCGAGACGCUCAAGAUGCUCAAUGACUCGUCGCACAGGUGUAUCAUGAUCACCGGCGAUAAUCCGCUUACUGCUGUCCAUGUCGCCAAGGAUGUCGAGAUCAUGGACCGGGACGCGAUGAUCUUGGAUCUCAAGGAGGGGACAACCACAGAUGAACUCGCGUGGCGCAACGUUGAAGAAACCAAGAUCAUCCCCUGCAACCCUUCCGAACCCCUCGACGCCGACAUUCUCGCCAACUUCGAUAUCUGCAUAACCGGUGCCGCACUGAAACAAUUCGAACCCCUCCCCACCUGGCCUCUCCUCGCGCAGCAUACCUGGGUAUACGCCCGAGUCUCGCCCAACCAGAAGGAAUUCAUCCUCCACACCCUCCGAGAUCUGGGUUACACGACCCUCAUGGCCGGAGACGGUACGAACGAUGUCGGCGCCCUUAAAGCCGCGCAUAUCGGUGUCGCCCUCCUCGAGGGGACGGCGGAUGAUCUCAAGAAGAUUGCGGAACACCAGAAGUUGGAGCGGAUGAAGAAGGUGUAUGAGCAGCAGGUGCGAUUGUCGGCUCGAUUCAACCAGCCCCCGCCGGCCCCGCCACCGAUGUUGAGGGAGGCGUACCCGGAGCUGGUCAAGACGCAGGAGAAGGUGGCUGCGGAUCAUAAGAUCGCGAAGAAGACGAGUCCGCUGGAUAAGUUUGACAUGACUACGAUCACGGCCAAGUUGUCCGAGAUGGAUGAGGAAACCGAGGUCCCGCAAAUCAAGCUUGGAGAUGCGUCUUGCGCCGCUCCGUUCACCAGCAAGCUGUCCAACGUCUCUGCCAUCACCAACAUCAUCCGUCAAGGUCGCUGCACCCUCGUCGCCACUAUCCAGAUGUAUAAGAUCCUCGCGCUCAACUGCCUCAUCACCGCCUACUCGCUCUCGGUCCAGUACCUCGACGGGAUCAAGUUUGGGGAUUAUCAAGUUACGAUCACGGGGAUGAUGAUGAGCGUUUGCUUCUUGUGUAUCUCGCGCGCCAAGCCUGUCGAGAAGCUCUCCCGCGAACGUCCGCUCGGGAACAUCUUCAACUUCUACGUUCUGCUUUCGGUGUUACUGCAGUUUGCGGUACAUAUCAUUGCGCUGGUGUAUAUCACUGGACUAUCCAAGUCACUCGAGUCCCGUGGGGAGAUCGAUCUUGACAAGAAGUUUGAGCCGACUCUGCUCAACACCGCCAUUUACCUCUUGGGUCUCAGUCAGCAGGUCUCGACGUUCGUCCUCAAUUUCCAGGGCCGGCCAUUCCGGGAAGGUAUUCGCGAGAACCCGCCAUUGUACUACGGUCUCCUCGGCGCCUCUGCUGUCGCAUACUGCGGAGCGACCGAGUUUGUUCCUGAGCUCAACAGCUGGCUCCAGCUCGUCCCCAUGUCCAUGAUGUUCAAAAUCCGGCUCUCUCUCGCCAUGGUCCUCGACUUUGGUCUCUGCUGGGCGAUGGAGAAGGGCUGCAAAGCCCUCUUUGCCGAUUUGGCCCCAGCGGAGAUUGUCACCCGUGGUGAAGAUAGGAGAGUGAAGCGUCGCGCGGAGGAGGCGGCACGGAUAGCCAAGGAGGCGGUGGAGGGUGCUGCGAAGGCCAUUGAGGGGACAUUACCCGAGUUGACGGAGGUGGUGAAGAAGAAGCAGUAG